GCGAGAGAGAGGGAGCUGCACUGAGUAGAGAUUCAUUCAGUGGCAGGAGAAUGUGAGAGGUGCUUGGUACUUUAAGCAGAAAAGCCAAUUACCUCGCCGACCAUGACCAAGUAGCAUCUGUUCGCUUUGCAGGUGGGAAAACCUACAGGCAAUGCAUUGAUCGGUGAGAACAGCAGCAACAACUCGAGCCACUGGAAAAGACCCGGAGAAGAAGAAAGGAGAGAAAAGAGGAGGAGAACAGUGGAUACAAAGAAAAGCCGAAGAACUCCUCAAGGGAGGACCUAAGAGGGAACGGGAAACCAGAAGAGAGAUACAGUCAUAUUUAACAGCAGCUUGCACCGCUACCGUGAUGUCUGUCCAGCCAUUGACUCUAGUGGUCCUGUUUCUGACAGUACAAAGUGGGUGCAUGUUUCCUGGGCAACACUGGGGAGAAUGGAACGAUUCCCAGCUCCAUCCGACCAUCCAGAAGCUGAUGAAGGGAUAUAAUAAAAUACCUCAGACCCAACUUAAUGAGGGGCCUGUGGAAAUCGGAAUGAGCCUGGACAUCGCCAGUAUAGAUGCCAUCUCUGAGAUCAAUAUGGACUACACGGCCACCAUCUUCCUGCGGCAGCGGUGGCGGGACAGCCGCCUGGUGUUCCCCGGGAACGGGAACGAGAGCGUGAGCGUGGACGGGCGGCUGGUGUCUCUGCUGUGGAUCCCGGACACCUUCAUCCCGGACUCCAAGCGCUCGUUCCUGCACGACGUCACUGUGGAGAACCGGCUGAUCCGCAUCUUCAGCAACGGCACCGUCCUCUACGCACUCCGCAUCACAGCCACCAUAGCCUGUAACAUGGACCUGACCAAGUACCCCAUGGACAGACAGGUGUGCACCCUGCAGCUGGAGAGCUGGGGAUACAACCUGCAGGACGUGGUGUUCUACUGGACCCGGGGCAAUGAUUCGGUCAAAGGCCUGGACACGCUGAGGUUGGCCCAGUACAGCAUAGAGAGCUACUAUACUUCAGUGUCUGAGGCUGUGUACGAGACAGGAAAUUACCCCAAGCUGGUCCUGCACUUUGCUCUCCGUAGGAACGUCUUGUUCUUCAUCCUGGAGACCUACGUUCCCUCCACCCUGCUGGUGGUUCUCUCCUGGGUAUCCUUCUGGAUCAGCCAGUCCUCGGUUCCGGCCAGGACCUGCAUCGGCGUGACCACCGUCCUCACCAUGACCACGCUGAUGAUGGGCGCUCGCACCUCUCUCCCCAACGCCAACUGCUUCAUCAAGGCCAUCGACGUGUACCUGGGCAUCUGCUUCACCUUCAUCUUCGGGGCCCUGCUGGAGUACGCCUGCGCCCACUUCUGCACCAUGCAGCACCAGACCCUGGAGGAACUGCAACGGGACCUCCUGAGAGACUUUAGAGAAUCGAACGGCAACGGAUCCAUCCUCCCGGCGCGCUGCAUCCAACCCCAACAGCCGGUGGAGAUCGCCUCAUGCGCUGAUGAGGGAGACGAGAGGGAGGACGGGGGGCGAACUCGCCAUCCUAAAGCAAAGAGCCCUGACGUCGCCUCCCACCAAAACAGGGUUAAAGGUCAGGAGGUCAGGCGGUUUGCGUGAACGGCCGCUGCAUGUCGUCAGUGAGGCAGGCCUCGCGCACGGUGGCGGCACGUCUUCAGCGUGGAGAACCCGCACAAUAUCGACCGCCACGCGCGCUCGGUUUUCCCCCUGGCUUUCCUGUUCGUCAACGUGCUGUACUGGCUUUACUAUCUCUGCCUCUGAGAGCGGAGGUCAGCGUUCUUCCUCUUCCUCCCGUCAGGGUCUGGGCUGGAGGCGUGAGCCAGGAAAACAAGGAAGCUCUGUCGUUCAUAACCGGUUUAAGACUCACUUUCUCCAUCAUAUACAGAUCUGCUUUGAGAUUACUUUUUAGUUAUUUAUCCGUCUCGUCUGUACAUAUGUGAUGGUAGCAAAGUUUGGUCCAUCGGGAAUUUGCCAAUUAUUUUCUAUUUUUCACAUAUUUUAAGUUCAUUCCUUGUUCAUGGCAUGAAGGCUCACACAUUCAAGGUGCGCUGGUCUUACGGCAUGUCUACAUUCACACAGCGAACAAAGGACUUGAAUCCAAUGAAAAAGAAUGUCUCCACUUGUUUAAACUGCAUUAUAUUACCUCAAAUGAACUUGCUUAUAUAAUUCUCAAAAAGCUAUUUAUCAUUUCAUUACAUUUAGUUUACUUUAUCGUUUCUAUUUCAUUAUUCAAGCCAUGUGAGAGUAAAUGGAAUAAAGAGAAUUUA